GAAAGGAUGAACUGUACAAAUUCAGAGAACGUUUUAGUGGGUCCAUAUGGUGAGACAUACCCAGCAAGUCAUGAUGCAAGCCAGGCAAUGAAUAUUAAAGCCGAGGAUGUCUCAGACUUGCAAGAGGAAGCGGAUCCUGUACGAAUAACAUUUCAGGAGAUAAAGGCUGAACCUGAGAACUGUAGAAAUUUGGAGAAUGCUUCAGUGGGUCCAUAUGGUGAGAGAUGCCCAACACCUCAUGAUGCAAAUCAGGCCAUGAAUGUAAAAGCUGAGGCAGCCUCAGAUGCAGAUGAGGAAGAGGAUCCUGUCCCACUAACAUUUCCUGAAAUAAAGGCUGAACCUGAGGCUUUUGGUGUAGCUGAUGCAGCAGAGGGACUGACAUGCAGUAAGCAAUGCAGAGCGACGUGUAAAGGAUGGAUGAAGAGACAAAUAACCGUUCAGACCUUGGAGAAUAAGAAAUGUGAACAAGAAAGAAGAUGGGCAGAAUAACAGUGACACACUGAAUCCGACCUAGAAGCCUGUACCUUAACUGAAGGAG